GAGAAGUGGAUUCUAAAAAUUCUUCUUCCCACAUGACAUACGCCAAGUUUGUUAUCUUAUCAGAUGGAACUUAUCAGAUCCUCCUUCUGAAGCCAUCGCUGGAUAGCGUCGGCACAAACCGCGAGAAUAAAUUUGAAGGUAUUCGAAAAUUUACGCGACAAGUAAUGCGUACCAAGUUUACACAUUUUUAACAAGUCAAGAUUCAGGCAGCAACUGUGCCAUCAGCCAAUUGAGAGCAUCACAGCGCCCAGUAUGCAAAAUCAAUUCUGGCCUCGCGGAGGCGUUGCCGGUAUUUUGCACCACUAUACGGAAUCAUUAGUAGCCUUUGAAUACACGUCUUCGAAAAUAUCGCAACAACCUAAUAGCAUACUCUUCGUAGGCGGUCUUGGAGAUGGGCUAGCCACAACUUCCUACACGUCGGAUCUCGUGCGCACCCUUCAGUCAACCAAAUGGUCUCUUUUCACACUCAACUUGUCAUCAUCUCACAAUCAAUGGGGCCUCGGCCAUCUCGACCGCGACACCAACGAGAUUGCCAAGUGCGUUCAAUACAUCCAACACUAUAAAGCGGCAAAAUAUGGAGGCAAGCCCAAAUUGGUGAUUAUGGGGCAUUCGACAGGUAGUCAAUGUGUUCUACACUACCUAUACAGGCCUAAUCCUCACACAACCAAGACACCAUUUGACCCGUAUUUGGAACAUCGCGAGCGUCCGGCCGUUGACGGAGCCAUCAUGCACUCGCCGGUCUCGGAUCGCGAAGCCAUUAUGACGGUCCUUCGCGAAGGUUUUAAUGGUCUCUCUCCUGAAGAAGUCCAAUCAAAGUGGGCAAAAGCAGAAGAGUUUGCCCAAGAGAGCACCAAGGAUGGGCAACAGAGCGAUACCAUCAUUCCCCUCUGGAUGACGGCACCGAUAUAUUCCAACGUCCCAAUUACUUGUCGCCGCUUUCUGAGCCUUGCUAGCCCUUCCAGUCCCGAUUUACCUGGUGACGACGAUUUGUUCAGUUCUGAUCUCAGCGAUGCGCAAUUGCAGCGAACGUUUGGCAAAGUCCACGAACGCGGACUUCUCGGAACAAAAUUAAUGGUCGUCAUGUCCGGGCGCGACCAAUCGGUGCCCGCCUAUGUAAACAAAGAAAACUUAUUAAGUAGAUGGCAGGCUGCCACAGACGGAGCUGCUACAGGGACCAUCUGGGAUCAGGAGCACAGUGGAAUUAUUCCGAACGCGUCACAUGCGCUGAGCGACCCUGACCAAGCAGCUCCGCGAGAAUGGCUUUGCAAACGGGUAUUAUCAUACUUGGAUGGUAUUGAGAAAAAGCAUUAGAUUUAUUAGACAAUAAUAAAACACGUCCGCUAGUCAUAUCGGGUAGAAGGAGCUUUUUAGGCUGUUGAAAGAUGGUAAUCGUGCCUCAGCUGAGGACUGGUGUUGUCGAGUAGCGACCAAGAGCUAGGGUUAUAAUGAGCUACAAGCUAUAGACCUAAACACGCCAUACACUAACUACUCAAAAUAGAGUUAAUGCCUAAUCUUUUGCUAGAUGGCGUAGCGGCAUUAUGGCG